AUGAGCGCGAUUUGGCGGAUGGUCCAAGAGACCCAAGAUUCGCUUUCCGACGAUGCCUUGAUGCCCCUGAAAUCAUACAAGUACUCGAGCGUUGAUAAGUCCUUUAUUUCGCGAUAUAUCCUCAAGCACUACUGGAAUGCCUUUGUCGAACUUCUGCCCAUGUGGAUCGCCCCCAACAUGGUGACCCUACUGGGUUUCAUGUUCAUUGUGUUCAAUGUGUUCCUGAUUGAAAUUUUCAUGCCUGAUAUGAUCGGACCGGGUCCUUGGUGGUUGUACUUUAGCUUCGCUAUUGGUGUGUGGAUGUAUUCGACCUUGGACAAUGUCGAUGGUAAACAGGCACGGAGAACUGGAACUUCCAGCGGGCUGGGAGAGUUGUUUGAUCACGGCAUUGAUUCGUUGAACUGCACCCUGGCCAGUCUAUUGGAGACUGCGGCCAUGGGCUUCGGUGCUUCUCACCUUGGUGCAUACACCGCGCUGGUGCCCUGCCUCGCGAUGUACUUCUCGACUUGGGAGACUUUCCACACUCACACUUUGUACCUCGGCUACUUCAAUGGUCCGACUGAAGGACUCCUUAUUGCAAUUGGCAUCAUGCUUGCCUCUGGAAUUUGGGGGCCUGGGAUCUGGUCGCGCCCUAUCACCGAUCUCAUUGACAUCCCGCAGAUCUUCGGCAACAACUCGGUCAAGGACCUUUGGGUGCCAAUCCUGCUUGGUGGAUUCUUCCUGGCUCACCUCCCCGGCUGUGUGCUCAAUGUCUAUGCUGCGCGCAAGAAGCAGGGCCUCCCCUUCACUCCCUUGCUGAAGGAGUGGGUUCCCAUGAUCGCAUUCAGUCUGUGCACCGUCGCCUGGCUCUUCUCCCCCUACUCUUGUCUACUGACCGAGAACCACCUGGUUCUGUUCUGCUGGACCAUCUCUUUCGUGUUCGGUCGUAUGACCACCAUGAUCAUUCUAGCCCAUCUGCUGCACCAGCCCUUCCCCUACUGGACUGUCCUGCAGGGCCCUCUUGUCUUCGGAGCUAUUUUGGCGAACUUGCCCCGCAUCGGUCUCCCAGCUUUGAGCCACUCGCUUGAGGUCUGGUACCUGCGUCUAUACUUCCUCUUUGCCUUGGUUGUGUACAUGCACUGGGCUGUGCUGGUCAUCAACCGCAUUACCACCUUCCUUGGUAUCAACUGUCUCACUAUCCGCAAGGACAAGUCCGUUGCUCGGGAACGCGCCUACCGUGAGUUUGGCGACUCUGGUCUGCCACUGGCUGGCAGCUCUCGCAGCUCCCGAAGCUCCCGCCAUUCCUUUGAUUCCGAAGACGAUGGCUUGAAGAACCACUAA